GCUGCAUUGCAUAGUUUAAGUAGAGCAGUGGGAUAUCCGUUCGUUUCACGAGUUAUUUAUUGUCAAUGGGUUUUCGUAGAUUCUCACAUUCGGACGACUUGCUGCUUGUCAACAGUGUUAAAUCCUUUCCCAAUCUGUACAGCCAAGAGGGUUUAUCCGUAACCAAAAAUCAUGAAAGCAUGAGAGAGAACUGGCGAGCCGUGGCGGCCGAAGUCGGUGUGAACGAGAGUGAAUGCAAAAGAAGGUGGAGGGACAUCAGGGAUCAUUACUUCAAAACAAAGAGGAAACAUGAACAGAGCAAAGACAAGAAGUGGGCCCCAAGAUGGUCACUGUAUGAAAGUCUGCAUUUCUUGGCCAGAGCCAAAAGGAAAAAGAGACAUUCGAGUUGUGAAGACCUCUCCGACCCCUCAGCUGACAACAGUCUUGAUAUUUACGAGCCAGAAAUGACUGUCAAAGUGGAAGAGGACUCCCAGACAGACUUGCAGCCACGGUCCGAGUUUAUCGAUGUGAAGACUCCUCAGCAAGAGGCUGACACAAGUUACCGUAAGCCUUCCGAGUGCGGGAGUGUCCACUUCCUGGAGGAGCCUGACCCAUCUUGGGCCCCGAGGACACUGGUGAACGCCUACUCCAACCAAAGAGUGGACAGUGAAGACGACAUUGACAUAUUCAUGAGAAGUGUGGCUCUCACGGUGAAAAGACUUUCUCCAAAAGCCAGAGCGGAAGCCAAGAUGAGAAUUUUAUCUGUCGUUACUGAACUGGAGUUUCCACCCAACAACCAUGGAGAAGUAUAAAGUUAGUCUA